AUGUGCUCUGGACUAGUUCACGCAAAGACGCCGGGAACUGGCGCUCUCGUCGCCCGCUCGCUUCUGUGUGUCGCCGGCCUCCUGCUCGCUUCACCUCCGGGAUGUGGAGCCUUCAACCUGGAUGUGGACAACCCGUCGAUUUACAGCGGUGACAAAGGCAGCUACUUUGGAUACGCUGUUGACUUUUAUUUGGCUGAUUCCGCCAGUGCAAGCGUGGUGGUUGGCGCUCCCAAGGCUCACACAAAGCAAACCGAUAUUAUUGAGGGAGGCUCUGUCUCCUACUGUCCAUGGAACCUCGGCCAAUCCGAUUGUCACACCAUCGAGUUUGACACGGAAGGGUCUCGUGUCGUCACAAUCAACAACACAGUGCAUCAGAUUGAGUUUAAGUCGCACCAAUGGUUUGGUGCCACGGUGCGUUCACAUGGGGACACGAUUCUGGCCUGCGCACCUCUCUACUCGUGGCGGACUGAAAAGGAUGAACCACGGUCUGAUGCUACUGGGACUUGCUACCUCUCUGUUCAGAAUUUUACCAAAUUUGUCGAGUACGCUCCCUGUCGAACAGAAAUCAGCGACGAGGCAGGACAAGGCUACUGUCAAGGAGGAUUCAGUGCCGAUUUCACAACGGAUGGUCGAGUGGUGUUGGGCGGGCCCGGCAGCUACUUCUGGCAGGGUCAGGUGAUCUCUGCAGAUAAAGAGGACAUUAUCAAGGCCUAUUACCCAAGCUAUUUUAUGCAGAGUGUGGAUGGUCAGAUCCAGACAAAACAGGUCCAGGCUAAACAUGAUGACAGUUACCAAGGUUACUCUGUGGCUGUUGGAGAGUUCAGUGGAGAUCAAGUAGAAGAUUUCGUGGCUGGCAUUCCAAAAGGAGUCAUGCUUUAUGGUUUGGUGUCUCUUUUGAAUGGAACAGACUUGAAGACAAUGAUUAACUUCACAGGCGAGCAGAUGGGAUCAUAUUUUGGCUAUGCAGUGGCCACCACUGAUGUCAACAGCGACGGAAUGGUGGACCUGCUGGUGGGCGCUCCCAUGUUCAUGACGCGAGGCUCUGAUGCCCGCCUGGAAGAAAUGGGCCGGGUCUACUUAUAUCUGCAGCGUGCCCCCUUGAGCCUGGAGCUGAGCCCGCUUCAUCUGACAGGCACUCAAGUUUUUGGCAGAUUUGGCAGCACCGUCGCACCGCUGGGUGAUCUGAACCAGGACGGAUUCAAUGAUGUUGCUGUCAGCUGUCCAUUUGGUGGGGAGGAGCAACAGGGCUUAGUCUACAUCUACAAUGGCUUCCCCCAGGGUCUCCGAGAUAAGCCAUCUCAGGUGAUUGCAGGCCAGUGGGCUUCUGGGUCCAUCCCUUCCAGUUUUGGCUUCGCACUCAGAGGGGCUAAGGACCUGGAUAGGAAUGGUUAUCCAGAUCUUAUUGUUGGUGCCUUUGGCGUGGACAAGGCCAUUCUCUACAGAUCUCGGCCUAUCGUCAACACUAGCGCCUCCCUAACAGUUUAUCCCACCAUGAUCAAUCCUGAAGAGAAGAACUGCAUGAUACCUAACGGAAACACGAGCAUUUCUGUUUCCUGUGUCAACUUGAGUUUCUGCAUAUCCGCUGACGGGAAGCACCUACCAGAAGUCCUUGAUUUCCAGGUGGAGGUACAGCUUGACAGCCAGAAGUUCAAGCAAAAAGGAGCAGUGAAAAGAGCUCUCUUCCUGGACUCCCAGCAGCCUUUACUGCAAAGGAACAUAAGGGUCCACCGUAGUGAACGUGUGUGCAACCACACCAAAAUCUACCUAAGAGAUGAGAAAGACUUCAGGGAUAAACUCUCCCCCAUCUUGGUGGCAUUGAACUUUAGCUUGGAUAACAAUGCUGCUGCAGACUUGCAUGGCCUGCGACCCAUUCUGAACCAUCAAUCCCCCAACAUAAUUGAGCAGAAGGCUCACAUUUUGCUGGAUUGUGGAGAAGACAACAUCUGCGUCCCCGAUUUGAAGCUAGCAGUCCAUGGGGACAGGAAGGAAGUGUACCUGGGUGACGACAACGCGCUGACCCUGACUUUCAACGCCAGGAACGAGGGGGAGGGGGGCGCGUACGAGGCAGAACUCUAUGUGGUGCUGCCCCCCGAGGCCGACUACAGCGGCAUCGCCCGCAAUAAUGAGACCUUGGCCCAGCUGACUUGCAGCUACGACACCGAGAACCAGACCCGAUACCUCAGCUGUGAUCUGGGAAACCCCAUGAAGUCUGGCACCAGUCUUUGGGCAGGUCUUCGCUUCACGGUGCCUCGGCUGAAAGACACUCACAAAACCGUCCAGUUUGAGCUGCAGAUUCGCAGUAAGAAUGAGAACAACUCCCACAGCGAAGUGGUGCCUUACAAGCUUGAGGUUGUUGUCCAGGCUGAGGUCAUCCUGCAAGGGGUGUCUCGCCCAGAUAAGGUCUUCUUCCCACCGACCAACUGGAAGGUGACCAAGAACUAUGAAGUGGAGCAGGAAGUGGGCCCGGCAGUGGAACACAUCUAUGAGCUGGUAAACAAUGGACCUAGUCGAAUCAGCCACACCCUGUUGGAGCUUCGCUGCCCACUUGCCGCCCAGGGUCAGACUCUGCUUUACCCGUUGGAGUUCUCCACUGAGGGCCCAAUCAACUGCACCUCCGACAGCAACAUGAACCACCUCCAACUCAAACUCAAACGCACGUCAACGGAACCGCCACAUCUGGCUCUGAAGGCCCACGAGCACCGCGUGGAAAGGCGGGAUGCGCACAAGAACACGCUUGCACACUUGACAAACCUGUCCUGUUCCAACGUGGACUGCUGGGCUCUGCAGUGCCAAGUGGGUCUCCUGGAGAAGGGCACCACGGCCAUUCUCAAAGUGCGUUCUCGCGUUUGGGCUGAGACCUUCAUGGAGAGAGCGUAUAAGCAAUAUGUGCUGGAGUGCCUGGCCAGAUACAGUGUGAAGACCAUGCCAUACGCCAUUCUUCCCAAACAUGUUCCCAGUGGACACAAAAAGGUGGUUACCCCAGUUGUGUGGAACAAACCCGACAUUGAGAACUCUGUCCCGCUAUGGAUCAUCAUCUUGGCCAUUCUAGCUGGUUUACUGCUCCUGGCCUUGCUCAUCUUCGUCUUGUAUAAGUUCGGCUUCUUCAAGAGAUCCCUCCCUUACGGCACCGCCAUGGAGAAAGCCCAACUGAAACCACAGGCUGCGUCAGAGGCCUGA